AUGCGAAUGAAAUACCAGAAAGACUUCAUGAAGAAACAUCGUACCAAACUAGGUCUAAUGUCUCCUUUGGUGCAAGCAGAUGCCUAUGCCCUUCAAGAAAUCAUUGAUGGUUAUGAGAUUAUCUAUCGUCACUUCGUUGACACAUCCAUUGCUGUAGCUACAUCCAAAGGAUUAGUGGUACCAGUUCUGCGUAAUGUUGAGUUAAUAAACUAUACCCAGAUUGAAAAUGAGUUAGCAGCACUCGAAGAAAAGGACAGGGAUAAUAGACUAGCUUUAGGUAUAGAUGGAGGCACAUUUACCAUUUCGAGUGGUGGAGUUUUCGGAUCGGUCUCCGGCGGUCAUCAACCCAUACCAGAGCGCUAUCCUAGGAAUGCAUGGAAUUUUUGA